AUGGGUAAAAAGCCUUUUAUCGAUCGUAAGAACGCUAAGCACUACCAAUUAGUACAUAGGUCUCAACGUGAUCCCCUUAUCAAUGAUACGGAGGCUUCUUCGAGAGUUUUGCUAGAAGUUACAUCGUCGAAUUUACGGAAUAAAAUUAUUGAGACCUCUGAAAACGUCAAACAGUCUGAGAUAGAGAGUCGUGUUGGCCAAGCGGCACUUUAUGGGGUAUAUUUUGAUGAUACCGAUUAUGAUUAUACGCAACAUUUAAGACCGAUCGGCGUUAAUCGCGAUGCUGUGUUUAUUGAAUCUCCUUUGAGAAAAGAAAAAGGAAAAAAGAAAGGUUUAGAAUUUGUGAAAAACGAUGAAGAUGAUGAUACGCGGAUAUCGAGUUCUAAAAGGGAUGAAAAGGUAGCAAUUGAAUUGCCACCUGAGGUUCUCCCGUCGAGGGAAGAGAUCCCCGCUGAAUAUUUUGAUCGAUCGGCUAUUCCGAAUGAUAUCCAAGGAUUCCAGCCUGACAUGGAUCCUCGGCUUCGAGAAACGCUGGAAGCACUUGAAGACGUAGCAUAUAUCCAAAAUGAUCUUGAUGAUGAUUUUUUCGCUGCUUUAAAUGCCGAAAACUUAUCUGAUGACGGAGAAGGGGAAGAAGAUUUUUUUGAAGGUGAAGAUGAAAUAUCGCCGGAUUUGGAAAAUUGGGAAAAAGAAUUCAAGAGAUUCCAGAGAAUACAAAAAUUGAAAGAUAUUGAGACUGGGGAAGAAGAAAAUAUUAAAUCCGAAGAUGAUAUAAGGUCACGAGCAACAGGAUAUUCGAUGACAAGCUCGGCGAUGUUUAGAAAUGAGAAACUGACUUUGCUAGAUGAACAAUUUGCGAAGUUUAGAUUGAAGAAGAACAUUUCACGCCGUCAAGAUUUUGAUCAAAUUAUGGAAGAGUUUCUUGACAAGUAUGAGAUAGUAGGUCACAAGAUGGUUCCGAAAUUAGAAGGUGAUUCUAUGGUUGAUAAAUUAGAGACAAUUCGACGUGGGUUAGGACAAGUGAAUAUCGAGGAUGGAACGCAAAAAAAUAUUGGUAAAGAUAAUGCAUGGGUGGAUGACGAAAUUCUUGAUAUGUCGAAGGAAAGUAAACGUACAAGGGAGGCGUGGGAUUGCGAGUCUAUUUUGAGCACUUAUUCUAAUUUGGAAAACCACCCGGCGAUUAUUCGUGACAAUGAAAUACCUCAAUUUAAAGUCAGCACGGAUCGAAAGACAGGAAUGCCGAUUAUUGUCUGA